AUGCAUAUGUUUCCCUACCAGGGCAAUGACAUGAAGAGUCCCGGUCAGUGCACACAGAGGACCAUCUCAUUGCAAAGUCCCCUGGGAAAGAUCCAAGUCAGCGGAUGUGAAAAUGGUGUGCACACCAUCCAGAUCCUAAUGGAUGUUCCACCUGCAGAAAGGUACUGUACUGUAGAGCCACUGACAUUCUAAACAAAGGUGUGCAAUUUACAGGCAGACAGAAUCCACCCAUUUGAUCGAGUGCCCCCUAUUCCUCAUUGGAAGCAGGGGCAUUUUUGUUGAUCCCCUAAGAAAUAUCCCGAAGAAAGUUGGGCAAAAUAUAGGAGACACUAGAAAUAUGAGGGGCGCUAGAAUACAGUUGAGCUCGAAAUUUGAUUUCUGAUGGCACAUUCUUCCUGCAGUAUAUUUGAGAUCUUCUGAAACCUAACUGUUUAUUACCCACAGGGGUGAGUAUUAGUGUGGAAGGCUAGGGUCAGCUAAGGGAACAUGGCCUUUUCCGUACUGUAUACCCGUAUGUAUUUUGCUGAUAUUUGUCAGUUCUAGAAAACCCUUUUACACUCCUCAAACAGGUACUGUGGGAUUUCAGAGCAAUCAUUGCUCAAUAAUAUUGACAAUUUGCAAUCUUGAAUGAUUGGAACGGAUUAAUAUCUGCAUAAAUAAGUAUGUACUCUUUAAUUUCCAGAAAUUCACAUUUUCAGGUCCAUGCCCUACAUUUCACAUUUGUUUUGAUUAGAUGGAAAUUAAAUAUCCCUGUAUCACAGAUUCAAAUUUGAUCAACUUCAUUUGUUUGGGAAAUUAAAGCUUUUUUACAUUCACCAAAAAGGAAGUCACCCUUUUAGUAAUGUAUGGCAAACUGUAAUUUAUGGAAACAUAUUAAUGCCCUUGUAUAUUUUAAAUCAAUAUGUCUGCUUCCUAGCUGUCUCCCAUCCCCUAAAAUUAAUCAAGCAGUAAAAACAUUCAACUUGUUAAUCAGCAGAAGUGUAGAAAUGAAUAAUAUGGAAUGUGAUUAUGGAAGAUGUACUGUAACCAUGCACAAGCACCUUUUCUGCCCCUCAUUCUGGAUGUGGUUUAAUUUGUGUGUUCAGGUUCAGUGAGAAUAUGCAAAUGAAUUUAAUGAUUCGCAUCAGUAGAUGCUGCGUUUAAUAUAAUUUGCUAUGUCGGCCAUCAGCGUAGUUUCUGUUAGACUGCAAUGUAUCUUCCCAAAUGUAAGAACAAGUAAGGAUUUAACUUGGAUAAUGUUUGAAUGCUAUCACAAUCGGUUGGAUACUGGCAUUGAUAAUUAAGUUGAGUAUGUCAGCAACAAUUUAAUUGUAAAGUAGCCGAUACAAUUAGCAUCAAAAUGGCAAAACAAAGCAACAAGAAUCCAAUUGCCUAAGCCAGUCUUCCUCAAGAUUUAUAAUUGUCCAAAAAGUGUAUAAUUUUCCAACAAUGUUUUGGUUUUGGUCCAGGAGUGUUUUGCACUAGAAGAGUUGGCAACCAAAGAUGUGUGCUUGGUUGAACCCUAGGGUUAGCAUUGUUCAGAGCAAAACAACAGCAGUGGUAACAAAGCAUUUGCCACAUUGAAAAAUUGUGAUUGAUAAAUGACAUUAUAGCUACACAAAUGCACUUGAAGCAUUGCUUACACACCAUGACCGUCAGCUUUUCUAAUAGAAACGUCUCAAGCCCCUUUUGCUUCCUAACUGAUAUAGCUAGGCAACAUUUGCUGAAAUAAACCUCCACCAGUCUAACGACAGCCCUGAAGGCAACGUCAGAUGAACAAAUUCAUUAUAUCUCAACAACCCCUGUUGGGGCUCAAUCCACCCAACACACUGUUAACCAGCAUUCCCUGUUUAACAUGGCCAAAACAUUGUUCACUGAAAAAUGAUACACAUUUUGUUUACAGGAGAUUACUAUUAUCUGAAAUAUGAUGCUUCUCACACCAAAACAGAGACAUGUUAUACAGACGAAAAACAGACUACUUUUUUAUUAGAGUGAAAAAUGGAAAAGGGCUGGACUUUUGCCCCCAAGACAUUUUGUGGGCAUAUUAUUUUACAAUGCUUUGAUCAAUUUGUCUGUCAACCUUGCUGAGAUGUGGGAGAGCUGGAAAAAGCAAUUUAGCUUGUGAGGUCCUCAAUAGAAAUGUACUACAGAUGCCUGUGUGUGACAUGUUGCAUUAGUACUUGAGUAGUCUUUAUUGCCUGAUAAUGUUGCAAGGCGAUACUGAUAUCAAUCAUUCUUUAACAGCUACCAUUAUGCUGCAAUUUUGUAACAAAAAUAAUGCAUACAAUAUUUGACAGAAAUAAUUGAUUUAAUUCAAAGGUAAAAUAUUACAGUGAUAUAUUCCUGCUUUAACAAAAAAAGAACAUUGGACAAACAGAAAAUGUGGUGCUCUAACAGAAACUGUUAGAAAAACUGCCGGCCGGCCCGCAUAUGCUUCCAUAGAUAUUCUCAUUAAUACUACACGGAUAAACAAUGAACACUCGGUCUCAUUUGCAUAUAGAUAUAAACAAUAUAUUUGUGCAUCUGAAUUCCCAUCACACAUGGAUCAUGUGAUGCGCCGGAAAGCCUAAGUGGCUCAAACCAAAAUUGUCAUUAUACUUCCCUAUGCCAUAAAUCCAGCUUUUUUCCUUCCCUCACAAAGCUGUAUAAAUCUGUGUCUGAUUUUUCAACAGUGCACAUUGUUUUUAGUUAAUUGUUUUCAUCUGUUUGUUUUGCCUCUGAUAGCAGGGAAAUCUACCAUAUGCUCUUCCAAAAGACAACUGAUUAGCAAAUGAAAUUCUGGACAGCUGUCUGACUGAAAGCAUUUGGUUGAUAGCAUUCUGCUACCAUAAUUAGCUUAAGCUUUGGGUUAAUUAACUUUCUACCUGGAUAUGCAUAAUAAUAGCAGCACCCUGCACAAAGCCAAGGAGCUUGUGGUAUAUCAGCAGGAAAGGCUGUCUUUAUUUUGUAUUUCAACAGCAUAUUUCAAUUUCAAGAGGCGAUUUAACUCAGGAAUAUCAUCAAAAAUUGUAGAUUUUCCUUUCCGAGCCAGAUAAUUCUGAAACAAUAGGGGUGUAUUAUGUGGCAGAAAUGCCAUUUCUGAAUGUAAUUAAAAUGGAUGAAAGCAAUCACAGAUUUUUAAAUGCUUUUGUUCAGCAUCAGGCCUGCUUGUAAAAGAAAUACCCAUUGAGAGGAGAAAGAGGCAAGAAAACCUUACAGUACAAGAGUAAUUAGUCUUUUGUACGAAUGUGCUCGCCAUGUUAUAGUAAAGCAUAAGAGAGGAAGACUGUGUUACACACAAGAGGAAUGGAUAUCCUCGGUGUUUUAGUCUAUUUAGCCCCAGUUAGUAUAACCUAUACCCUCCAUUGUCAUAGACCACAUGAGGUCGAGUGUUUGAUUUGUAACUGUUCUCCCUCAACAUUUUCACUGUCAAACUGUCUAAGCAUGCCUUCUAUAUUCUGUCUAAUACCCCAGGUGUCACAGCAGUUUUAACACACUACUAAUACUAGUGUGAAUGACCUGGAGUGGUGUGUCUAUCUAUUUUUCACACUCAUGCAGUGUUGGUAAUCAAUGUGCUGGUUCACACAGAAUAGUGUCAGAAACCUAUUCCUGUUUUCUGGGCAUGUUUGCAUGAUUCAUGCUCAUCAAGUGACCCGUCAACAGUAGGCCUCUUUCUGGGGACGGGAGUGGACGGGGAGUGCUAUAGAUUUUAAGUGGAUGUGCUAUAUACAGUUUACUGUAGAUUUCUAUCAAAAUGUUUAAUAUAUCUCCAUAGUGCUAUAUACCUUACAGAGAGACUGAAAAAAGGCACAGCUCACACUCAGAUCUUUGUGAGCAAUUUUUAAGACGCAAUAAUCAGCUUCUGUGAGAGCUUUUGACAUAUAUGUUAUAUAAUUCAUGAAAUUACAAGUUCGAUUAGACCAGGGUUGCCCAAACUCGGUCCUCGGGACCCCAAGGGGUGCACGUUUUGGUUUUUGCCCUAGCACUAUACAGCUGAUUUAAAUAAUCAACUAAUCAUCAAGCUUUUGAAUCAGCUGUGUAGUGUUAGGGCAAAAAUCUAAACGUGCACCCCUUGGGGUCCCGAGGACCGAGUUUGGGAAACGCUGGGUUAGACUAUGUCAUCAUUUUGCAUUUAGAUUUUAGAAUGGCCUUAGGUACUGUAGAUGUAUUUUGUUUAUCUGGCCUAGUGCUCAGCUGCAGGUUCAUUAAGGUGCAGUUCCCCGUGGCCCUUGGACCCAUCUGUGCUCUGUGCCUAUAGCUCUGUCUCCUGGGACUCUGUCCCCAAUCAGGCUGUCUGUGUCAUUUCCUGUGGAAACCAACACCUGUGUUGACACACUACCUGUAAACUGCCCAACACAGCCAUUCAUUUGUGAAUGUAGAUUCACCCAGGGCUGAAUCCUAACUUGAGAUCUGUGUGAAAAUGUGGGUUGGGAGCACAAAUCUCAAGUUAGGCCGGGUUGGAUUUAUUUCACCCAGGGAAGCUGUAUUUUGAGAAACCUUUCUAGAUCAAAAUGUUCUAUUAUUAUCUGAAAACGUUUGAUGGUAGCAUGAUGCCAUGUGGCUUGUUUUUGAGACUGAAAGUAUUCUACAUUUUUGCUAUAAAACACUGUACAGUGUGUGGUGUACUGAAGCAGUAAGCAGGAAGAUGGUUGUGUUCUGACAUCUUGGAGAGGAGUAUGAGUCAAUUAUGGCCAAGUGUUGUUCUUGCUUAUCUUCCUACGGCACCAAACAAGGAUUUAGUCAAGGAUUUAGGGGUGGGGUGGGGGGGGCGGUGGUGGGGAUCAUGGUAAGCGGUUCACAACAAAACACUCAAAACUCCUGGGAACGGGCACUGAUUUAAAAAUAAAUUACAGAAGAAGAAGCACUAACACUCAAGGGCCCUCAGCAGGGCUGGCAUAACAGGUGAAGAUUACCCUCCUCACUAAUCAGAGGAACAAGGCAGUCAUUUGCUCCGAACACAGACGGCAAUUAGGACUUGGUGACACUGGAUUCCCAUAAUGCCUUUGUGCUUGACAUGGUCAAAUUUCGACAGAGGCUAUCCAUGCAGGGUCACUGUCCCCCCCUCUCUCAUCAUGGGAUAGACAGUUGUGGCUCCAGAGGUCCUCAUUCCAGGGGAUCCUUAAUACAUUGACUCCCUCAUUGCCUUCUUACUUUACCACUCUGGUAAUUAUAAUCUCCUUGGAAGACACUGGAGACUAGAGGCUGAAAACACUAUUAAACUGCUCACUAGUCCCAUGUAGAUACAUAUUGCUGAGUUGGUUGUACGCGGAUGAUAGAGUAAGAACUAAGGCACUGGUAAUGUGUGUCUACUUUGAUUCCAUGGUUACUAAGCCAUGUGCUACAGCCAGCUUGAAGUACCUCACUGUCUCUGUGGCUAUUGUAGCUAGAUACUGUAGUGGGCUAUCAAAUGGAAUUUCAGCUGCUUGAGUAAGCUUCAUUGAGCAAGUGGCAUACAACUGUAACACAACCUUUGCCUUGAAGUCUAUCAAGAUCUUCCCUUUUUAGACAGUCAUUUCAGGCUGUUUUCAUGCUCUCUCGAGUCCUGACAUCUCAGAGUUAAGUAUCUGCUGCUGUAAGGCUAAGGGAAAUAUGGACCAGUCUUGCCCUUUUCUGUUUCAUCCUCUGACCUGCCAUGUUACCCAUGAUUGGUGAAGGAGAACUCGGGUAAGUGGUGCCAAACGUGGCUGCCAAUCGAGACAGGAUGAGCAAGAUCACACUUCACAGGAUGGAGGCAUGAAAGCUGAAGGUUUUUCCUCCUUCUAAAGUACUCUGACAACAAUGUCCACAAUUAGAUUAAAGCAAUUCCUUUAAAUGACAGUAGAUACUCCCACCAAAGUAUGUCCCUGAUACACACUGUGCAGUAGAUAGCGUAAGUCAUACUGUAGAAGAACUAUAACAAGUUUUGACAAAAUAUGGCAACAAUAUUUUUGUUGAUGCGGUAUCGCUCCCUAAUUCUUUUUUUAAUGUUCAUCCUAGGGUAAAUUAAAUAGCCAACCUAAUAACUAUAUACAUGCUCAAUUCAUUAUUUGUAUUAGUUCAAAUACAAUAGGUAGAGUGCUAAACAACUCUCACACUGCACAGCAGUGAUUUAUGGUAAUUGCAAAUCGAUUGUGACAGGAGCACAAUAUUAUAAAUUCUUUCAACUCACAAUCCACUAUCAAGGGAAAUAUGUUGUCCUUUGACGCAAACCCUUGCCUGUGUGGAAACUGAUAACCAAUGGAAAACAGGUCACAGGAUGUUAAAAAUAUUCCAUUCUAAACUAUGGAUAAGUAACAUUAAAAUUGUGCGAUUUGAAAGGGCCAACAGGAAUUGAACACUUCAUUUGUGGGUUGGUCGGUAUACAAAAGCUGUAUGCAAUUUGGCUUUCUUUUUGUUUAUCUCAAGACACAAGUAUUUCUCCUGGGAGAGUGUUAUUGUAAUUGGAAGAACAUUGAAGACAUUGAUUGGAUAUCUCUGAUCUCUCAUUUCAAGGUCAUGGUUUCUAAUCUUCCUUCCAUAAAGUUCAGUUUUUUUAUUUAAUUUUUUAUAAUCCGUAUUCUGGUGAAAGAGAGAUGCUCUCAUGCAUAAUCAGAGUUUACAAAUUGCGUAUGAUGAUAAAGAGUACAAAUGCCCAGCCUCUCCCAAUAUGUCUUCAGCUAAACUAACUUUGUAACAUUUACAUUGCUGACUGUAUUAUAUUGACUUGUACUAAAUGUAAAUGUCAAUGUAGGAUCACUCAGACACGCUCAUAGUGAGGGUCUGUAGCAAAGGGCUGUGGGAUAACAGCCAUAGUGACAGGUCUAAAGUGUGAGUGAAGGUCAAAGGUCCCAUGCGUUAAGCAAAGGUGCUCUAGCCUCUGUCCAGUAGAUUGUAAGGGCCUACGGGUCCAACAGAAAUAUUUCCACAAACAAUAUCCCUGAGCUGUCAGUGUGCAGUGGCUGGAACAUCCUCACUGAGAGAAAGGGUGGGGUGGGGAGAGAUCUGGAGAGGGAAUAGAGAAAUUCAGAGAAGGGAGAAAUGAGGAGGAAAUGGGGGAGCAGAGAUUGGGGAGGGGGAGAAGGGGGUGAGGGAGAGACAAUGAAAAGUAGGGGCUGGCUGGGCACUCACCCAUGCCGAAAGAGAUUGCUAUGAGCCAGAGCCAUUGUUUGACUGGGUCUCGGCAUGGACCAGGGCUAGCUGUCUGAGUUGUCAGCACUUGACUAUAAACUCAACUGUGGUUUGGUGUAUUUUGAAAUGAGUAUUUUCACCUUUUACAGUGUCCACACCUACUGUAAAAUAGCACCCCUGAGAGUUUCAUUACAGCCACAAACACCUAGGCUAUGGUGCUCUCUGAAAACUGAACUGCACCAUAACACACUAGCUAGUAAACCUCAACCUUCGUUUUUUUGUUGUUGCACAAACUGUUUCCUGCAGGAGUGUUAAAAAGUACACCAUGUUGACUUAUGUAUUUAGGGGUCGAAAAAAUAUGCUCUUUGUGUUUAACAAACUAAAUGUGUAUUAUUAAUACUAUACAGGAUAAUCCAAUCUUCCAAAAAGGCACUUAAAUGGUGUCAUUAUUUAUUUACACGUCUGUACACCAGUUAAUGGAAUUGGCGGUGUUGAGCCGCAACACAGCUUGGGGUCUACUUUACUGAAAUGUACAUGUUAAGAGAUGGCUAUCCCAGUAGGGUCUUUACAUGUCCAAAAUGGGUCAGUCCACUUGCACGGACCUAGAGGCUGGUCAGCAUCACCAAGCAACCUCAUCUUUGUUAAGUGAUGCCAACUCAACCAUAGGCAAAGUGCUUUCCCACAUCCAAGUUUUGUCUGUUUCUUGUAGGCACCCCUUUAAAUUGAUAUGCUGCCUUUUUUUAGUCUGGGACUAAACUCGUUUUAGAGCCUUGCUGCCAUAAGAUUAAUUGUAAAUCCUGUUAUUUUCGACAACUGACAUGCAAUAACACUGUUGCAUGAAGCAUGAAAUACUUAGCUUUUGAUGUAAUGCCAAACUAUUCAGCUGUUUCAUUCAUAUCAACAACGUCUGUCAGUUUGCAUACAAUUAAAUACUUUUGUCAUUACUCUAUCAUUCAUGCCCUUUCAUUCAUGACUUUUAUUACACACAUAUGACAUGCUAUGAUACUGUCUAACCGAGAAUGGUCUGUUAUUAAUCUUCUUUUUGGGGGGGGGGGGGGGGUGCUUCUCAUAUCUCUCUCAGGAGUGACGAUGCCUCCCUAAGCUGUGUGGUCACUGUUAGCGAUGGCCAAGAGGAAAUGGGCUCAGAGUUGCAGCGCUGCGUGGAAUGGCUUCGGGCCUACUUCAGCAAGCCGUGGACCGUGGGGAGGCUCCCGCUCCCGGUCUUUCACCACCCCACCCUGCAUGGAGGUCUGUCGCCAUGGAUAAAUAUUUUUUCAGCGCCAUGACUGGAAUCUGGCUUUCACUCUUAAUUGUCAGUUACAACACUUACACUCUCUGGAUCACUGUGUUAUAAUGAAGUAUUUUAUGGCAGAGAGAGAGUGGGAGAGGCAGAGAGAGAGAACAGAACCCGGAGCUGUAACUUGGUUCAGUAAUCUGUGGCAGCCCUUACCGCGUGUGUUAGUCUUGGCCGCUGUUCCCAUGAUUCUUGGCACAUUCUUGAAAACUUAUCAAAUUCCACUCUUGACAUGUUCAGAAGGGAAGCUUUUUUUAAUGAGAACAUGUGAAUGUUAGUAAAGUUUCAAUGAGGGCAUUGUUCACUUGACCAGUCACCCACAGCAGGGGACAAGAGAGCCUUCACAAUGGACAGUUAGUGUGCUUUCAAGAAAUAGCUGUGAUUUCAUAGUUUAUGAUAGAGCACACAGCAGUACAUUUGACCGAAGAUAGGUAGGCAAUUAUCAGAGCAUUUUCUGCAAGAAUAAAUGAGUAUCAUAAUGUCAUAAGACAUUGUUGAAAUGAUAAACUUUGGAGGACUCAAAAUCAUUUCCAAGAAAAUGUAAAUAUAAGACAAUUAGACUUUUAAAUCGGAAUGCUUAUUGUAUUGAAGCUGAUCAUUUUCUGAAGAGGUUUAAUUUAGGAGGAAAUAAAGCGCACCUACACCCAAAAAUAUGACAGCACUCAAAUCCACUCCAUUGCAUGUACUCAACAACCGUACUACUCUUCCCCUGCUAUUAGGUUUUAGUUGCAGUCUAAUUUCAUGCAGAUCCACACAGUGCUUGAGUGAUGGCAUUUUCAAUGAGUAGGUACUCCAUUGAGACUCUGUAUACUGCAACGAGUCCCACGCUCCCGCAAAGGCAAUGCAGAAAUACAUCAGGAGCAAUUACGAUAUCAACUUCCAGCGUGAUUCCCUCCACCACCAAGUGCUUGUGUACCCGCCCCGGGCUCUUUCAAAUCGCAUCUCAUCUGAAGUCUUUGGGGUUUUAAUUAAAAUUCUGGAUAGAUGGAAUUCUUCAUUAGUACCUGAUCUGAAUAAAUGAUUGUGCUCUGUUACCCCCCCCCCCACAUACACACACACACCUCUCUGUUGUUGUGAGGUUGGGUAAAUAGAUGGUAGCCUAGGAGUGAAUUGCUCUCAGUGGUCCUAUAGCUGUAACGGUUGUCAGUGAAGACAUGUUAAAUGCAGGCAGCAUGAGUAUUUGUCUAUUGAGGGAAGAAAAUCUACUUUCUAUAUUUUUGAUGAUCAUCAGAAUUUGUAAAUGUUCCUCUGGUUAUGAGCAGGUUAAGGAUGUGUUUACAGUUUAAAUGAAUUGCUGGUUAUACUAACCUGUUAAGUGUCCUCAGGAGAUUCAUAAAAUGCAUAGAGUAAUUAGAACAGUUCAUGUCCAACAUAAUGGAAUUGUUUUUUUGGGGUGAGAAAAGCUGGAUGUCACAGUACUCACAGCUUCACAUAUGAAUCAUUGCCUCUACUUUUAAAUGUUGUCACAUUCAUUUGCUCGGUUCAUAAAAAUGGAACCACUUUUAAUAUUAAGCUUCUCUGCGUAAAGUUGUGAAACUUGUUUCCCUACACUCUGGCUGUCAUGCACCACAUCACACACAAACUUUGGUUGGUCGAGAAGAGAUGGAGAGAGUGAGUGUGUGUGUGUGUCUCCUCAAACACAGACACCACAGGUUCUCAGAAUGAUGCAUAUUCUUUCAUUAAUUAUACAUCCAUAUGUAAAAGAUGAGAGGAUCUUAGUCUGGGUAAGCGGCACGGGGAACGUGUUGGGAGGGGGAAGGGUGCUCUUCAAAGCCCAUAUGACUGGGUUCCUGCAGGAGUCUGAACCUCCCUCUGUGCACAGCGCAGGGCGAGAUGAGACUCUCCAGGACCCGCCCCUGUGAUGUGGAGAGGAAUUAGGGAAAUGAACGUUUUCAGAAUAUCGAAUAAUCAGAGAAUCAUGAACACCCCGUUAGCCUUCAAAAGUAUGGAUCCCCCAAGACUCAGGAGACACUUUGACUAGGAGCCAAAUUCUCUCCUCCCUGCCAUUAGACACAAAGGAUAAUGAGGGGGCCGCAUUUCCACUAUUGUACUUUAUGCUCACAACUACAGAGGGUUGGGUAGCAACUGGAAAAGUAUCUCUCCAAAUCUCAUUGUGUUAGUUAGCUAGGCUUAUGUAGUGUCUGCAAAUGUUCCACACAGUCACCUACACAACAUUAUGAACAGCUAAUAAACUACUGGAUUUAUUAUUUUAUGUACAGUAUUACAUUUAAAAAGAACAAUUACGUCAGUAGAUUUAAAAUCAUAUAAUCCAUUCCUACACAUCGAUUUUAGUCCCAGCUAAUCUGGCCUCUCCAAUGUCCCUGUCACCUGCCCUUAUGGUAGGUAAUGACCUGUGACAUCAUUAUGGGAAGUCUGUAAAGGUGUAAGUGGUGCCCCUCAACUUUUAUUUAAACAAUUGACAUCGGUGUGACCCCAUCUAAACAGGGUCUUGACCCCAGACACACCAUAUUAAGCCCUUUAUGAAGUAUGGGGCUAGGGGACCGCUCUCAAAUCAUUGCUGGUCACCUGAAGUGACCCUCAUGAAACUCUCUCUCCAACACUGUUGAGGCCAGAGUUGUUUAACCUCUAGACGUGUAGGUUUAUGUCUGUGGAACCAGUAUAAACCUUUUUCUUGUUGGACCAAGAAACUGGGGGUGUAGACUCACUUAAGACAUAUAGUGCAAGUUAACAUAGCCUUGGUCAUGAUGUAGAGUCUGUCAAUUUGACAUUGACUAGUUGUUUGUCGAUAAUGUGUACAUAAACACUGAUUUGUAUCUGUAGUCAGGAAGUGGUGCUGUUUAGCCACCAGAGUAACAGCAGUAUCAAUAUGUAACACACACACCAUGCACGCAAAUCCAUAAUUUACGAGCAAGAAUAAUCUAUUUAAAAAUUGAGGAUAAAGCUUCCUCUCUCCUCUUAACAUGAAGUCUGCCUUCGUAAGAACCCAUCAGCUCGUUGACAGCGUGAUUAUUACCUGAAUAAUUUUUAAACAGUACCUACGGGCCUUGUUGAAGACAAAGAACUCACAUGGGUACGCAUCAAUCAAAUAUAUCUCCUUCAGGUGUUAUACUUAUUCCCCUCAGUUUAGGCAAAUUGCCUUGUUGGCGUGGCUUUGUGUAGCGGAGAGUGACUAUAAGGUGGGAGCCUAGGGAGUGAAGGAUGUUCGCUCUGUAGAAGAGAUACUGGGGGGUUACAUGUUUUCACACAAUGCCAAUUUAGAGUGAUUUCACAUACUGUAGAUCACUUGUCAGGUGCUCUCUUAGACCAGAAUGAGAUGGAAUGCUAGAUGACUAAUUGACUGUGUAGGAUACAUGAAUUAAAGGAGUAACAAGCUUAUGGUGUUCACUAUUUCACUUUACAAAGGUACAGUUCAAUUGUACACAGCUAGUCAAUGUUCAGAGUAAAAAUAGGUCAGAUUUGAAUGUAUUGCAUUUCUACUGUAAGUAAUCAGUAGUCUGGUAGGACAGUUAAAGUUAAUGCUACCGCUAAAGCGUUAAUGAAAUCAAAGCUGUUAAUGUGGCCUCUUAAGCUGCAAAUAAUUUGUGAAUUCCACCAUUUAAGAGAGCCUGAUAUAAUGAAUCUACUCUCAAUAGAAAGCAAUUAAAAGGACAAAUUAGUCUUAUUAACCUCGAAGUCAUCCCACUGCCACAAAUUGUGUGCAACAUUCAAAUUAUUUUUAUUCAAAGAAAAUAGAACAGAUUUGGCCUCUCUUAAUCCUUUUAAAUGAAAGAGCGACCUUAUAAUUUUAGCUGUGACCUUAUCUAAUAUAACCUAGAUUGUCCUUCUUCAGAAAUAAUUUCCUUCAUGUAAAAUGCCAUGUUAAACUGGUGUUUUAAAGGUAAAACUUAGGUAUCUGUGUUACUCUUUCUCUAUUGUAGUUUGCUCAACAAAAGAAAAUGACUUCCUUUAAAGGUCCAAUGCAGCUGUUUUUAUCUCAAUAUCAAUUCAUUUCUGGGUAACAAUUAAGCACCUUACUGUGAUUGUUUUCAAUGAAAAUAGUCAAAAAGAAACUUCUUAGCAAAGAGCAAUUUCUCAAGCAAAAAUGUUGCUAGGACUGUCUGGGACUGGUCUGAGUGGGGAGGGGAAAACGAGCUUUCAUUUGGCAGAAAGGUUUGGAAUGCUCUUUCUUAGUGGUCUAUUACAGAUGCACUAUUCAGAAAUUGCUCUGCCAUUUCCUGGUUGCUAAAAUUCUAUUAGUUUGCCUAAUUUCUGUUUAUGUGACAAAACAAGCAAGAAUAGUGUAGAGAAUCAUUGUACCAUCUAAACCGCUGUGAAGUAUUUUUUCCAUACCCCAAAAUAUUGUAUUUUCAGCUGUUUGAAGCUGGUGUACAAAACCGAAAGUAAAAGACGCAAAAACAAACGUAAUCACGGGAAGCAUAGAAAUAGCGCACAUAGAGCAUAUCUACCGCUUCUUAGACUUGCUUUCAAUGAGAAUGACAGAUCUAUAAAUCACAUUUCUAUGUGAAUUUGGUCAGGUCACCCAAAAAGUAACAUAUUGCAGCUUUAACUAAUUUACUGCCUGGAUGUCACCAAAACAGGCAGAAAUUUCAGGCAGUCUUUUCAAACAGCUAAAAGGGCAUUAUCAUAAUUUUCACAAUUUCACUGUAUUAUUCCAACCUCAUGGUGUGAAAUAUACUGUAUAUAAAAUACAGGAAAAUCACGUUUUAAACACAAUAUUGUGAAUAAGGAAGUAGACCUUGCACAUGUCGUCCUUUAUUAUGAGUGGUGGUGUCAGGAGUGUGACUGAUGAAGUGAGCAUCAGUCUCUACCUUUAUACCUCCCACUCACUCCAUUUUUCUCUCUUUCUCUUUUAUCUUGUAGAUGCAUUCACCAGCCGGGUUCUGCAGACUCUGGUGCGGGACGUGAAGCUGGGAGAGACGGUGUCGUACAAGCGGCUGGCUGAUAUGGCAGGAAACCCCAGGGCUGUGAGAGCUGUGGGAGGGGCCAUGAGGAGGAACCCGGUCAGUAGGGCUCUCUUUGAUUGACACGCACACUCCUCUGAGAUUAGCCAUAGGUAGUCAGGACACCAAAGUUGGCUUUAGUUUUACCAAAGGUAUACAUCUUUUAGUGGUGGGUAUCAAGUACAUACCUGUUACAGCUUCAGUAAGGCACAGACAGCUUUAGCAAUGAUUUAUUCAAAAUAAUAAUUUAACUCAAUGAUUCAUUUUAUUAUACUAUAGUAUACUAACCAUAACCAAUAUAACUUUGGGCUCCAUUUUCUGAGUAUCUGCAUUAUUGUAAAGGCUAUGUUCAAAUGUAUGGCUCUUGUAGGAAACCAGCCCUACCCUCUAUCUUUUAUACUGGUGAUGUUAUUCAGUCUGUACAAAAUGAAAAGCCAGAGGGAAAACGGUGUGGCUGCUUUUGAUCAGAACCUUUGAUCAAAGUCUGUUUAGCUCUGUCCAUGUAGAGUCGUGGUCAAAAGUUGUGAGGAUGACACAAAUACACAUUUUCACAAUGUCUGCUGCCUCAGUUUUGAUGAUGGCAAUUUGCAUAUACUCCAGAAUGUCAUGAAGAGUGAUCAGAUUAAUUGCAAUUAAUUGCAAAGUCCCUCUUUGCCAUGAAAAUGAACUUAAUCCCCCAAAAACAUUUCCACUGAAUUUCAGCCCUGCCACAAAAGGACCAGCUGCCAUCAUGUCAGUGAUUCUCUCGUUAACACAGGUGAGAGUGUUGACGAGGACAAGGCUGGAGAUCACUCUGUCAUGCUGAUUGUGUUAGAAUAACAGACUGGAAGCUUUAAAAGGAAGGGUGGUGCUUGAAAUCAUUGUUCUUCCUCUGUUAACCAUGGUUACCUGCAAGGAAACACGUGCCAUCAGCAUUGCUUUGCACAAAAAGGGCUUCACAGGCAAGGAUAUUGCUGCUAGUAAGAUUGCACCUAAAUCAACCAUUUAUCGGAUUAUCAAGAACUUCAAGGAGAGAGGUUCAAUUGUUGUGAAGAAGGCGUCAGGGCGCCCAAGAAAGUCCAGCAAGCGCCAGGACCGUCUCCUAAAGUUGAUUCAGCUACGGGAUCGGGGCACCACCAGUGCAGAGCUUGGUCAGGAAUGGCAGCAGGCAGGUGUGAGUGCAUCUGCAUACACAGUGAGGUGAAGCCUUUUGGAGGAUGGCCUGGUGUCAAGAAGGGAAGCAAAGAAGCCACUUCAGGGACAGACUGAUAUUCUGCAAAAGGUACAGGGAUUGGACUGCUGAGGACUGGGGUAAAGUCAUUUUCUCUGAUGAAUCCCCUUUCCGAUUGUUUGGGGCAUCCGGAAAACACCUUGUACGUUGAAGACGAGGUGAGUGCUACCAUCAGUCCUGUGUCAUGCCAACAGUAAAGCAUCCUGAGACCAUUUAAUGUGUGGUUUGCUUCUCAGCCAAGGGAGUGGGCUCCCUCACAAUUUUGCCUAAGAACACAGCCAUGAAUAAAGAAUGGUACCAACACAUCCUCCGAGAGCAACUUCUCCCAACCAUCCAAGAACAGUUUGGUGACGACCAAUGCCUUUUCCAGCAUGAUGGAGCACCUUGCCAUAAGGCAAAAGUGAUAACUAAGUGGCUCGGGGAACAAAACAUCGACAUUUUGGGUCCAUGGCCAGGAAACUCCCCAGACCUUAAUCCCAUUGAGAACUUGUGGUCAAUCCUCAAGAGGCGGGUGGACAAACAAAAACCCACAAAUUCUGACAAACUCCAAGCAUUGAUUAUGCAAGAAUGGGCUGCCAUCAGUCAGGAUGUGGCCCAGAAGUUAAUUGAAAGCAUGCCAGGGCGGAUUGCAGAGGUCUUGAAAAAGAAGGGUCAACACUGCAAAUAUUGACUCUUUGCAUAAACUUAAUGUAAUUGUCAAUAAAAGCCUUUGACACUUAUGGAAUGCUUGUAAUUAUACUUCAGUAUACCAUAGUAACAUCUGACAAAAAUAUCUCAUAACACCGAAGCAGCGAACUUUGUGAAGACCAAUACUUGUGUCAUUCUCAAAACUUUUGACCACGACUGUAGUGCUGUGGGCUAGUCGACUAAACUCAACUUCACGAUUUGCGAUGGACUUGGGCGGCGACUAGUGUGGGCCGACUGGAGGUCCGACUUCAGAUAAGAUGAAGUUUUUAUCAAAAACUGCUGAUUUCAGCACCCAAAGAAUAGCCCGCAAUUACACAGAACAAUGUUGUUCAUUUUAUGUGACGUCGGCGCUCCAUCCGCCAACACUAGUCGCCGCUCAACUCCAUCAUUAAUCGUGGAGUUGAGUUUAAUUGGCUAGCUGUGGGCAUGUGAUGGAGGCACUGUAUAGCAGUAGUAGUAAUAGUAGUUUUGUGAAGACACCCACACAGACACAUGCAUUGUGUUUUUACAAGGUAACCAACGUUCGUUUUAAAGCCUAAAUGUAUGGAAAUAUAAAUACAAUAUUAUGAAUUAUGUUACGCUGUUGCUCUGUAAUAUGCACUAAAAGUACCUUUACUCACUAUUACAUUCUAGAGUAAUACCUUCCAGUUAAACAAUAAAGAGUCUAGCCUUUUGGCUCAUGAUCUAGAAUCAGAUCCUCUCAAUGUCAAUUACUUGACAGUACUGCUGAUACACUUGGGCUUCAGCUGUGAAAAGCUCUGCAAAGUAUUGAUUUCUGCCUCUCUGUGGCACUUCUUUACCAGGAUUUGAGUAUUGAUAAGCUUUAGUGUUCUUUCCCCGAGUGAAGAGGCUGAUCCAAAGGCCUUGAGAGUACCCUACCCAGACUGCUCUUCAAACCCGGGGAACCCAGUAUUGAUCCACAUAGCGUUGCAGCAUCCCUCUGUCAGUAAGGUUAAUCUGGGGUCUGAAAGUUUUAUUGCUGUUGACAUGAGAGUGGUUUUAAUGAUAGAUUUAAAACGCAUAGGAUUUCCUACUGUUCUACAGUUAGAGAAGGGCUAAAGGUACAACCAUCAAACCAUGACAACCAACCCUGAACUAGUGACAUUUAGUUAAAUUACAGGGCUGCAGUAUGCCAGCUAAUAUGUAAUUACUAAUAACAUACUUUUAAUAUUUGAUCAUGACAGCAAAAUACAGGUAAUAUGCAGGCAAUAUACAGGCGGAGUAAGAGCAACUCGAUGUAAGCUAGGCUAACGUUUGAAAAUGCAAACAACUGUUAUAAAGUGCCCGCCCUAUUGCCACUAUUCUUGUUUGGAUUCCACAAUGAAUGAAUUUGUGUAAUCUCACUUUUUUUAUCCUUCACCAGUCAUUUAGUUUACAAAGAAAUCCAGAGCCCCUGGCAGUCGUCUGCAACAAGAGUAAACGCACCAUCAACUUCCUAUUUUUAAUGAUCACAGGGUUAUCAGAUCUUAAUGUUGACACCCUCUCCAUUGAAUAUUCAUCCUGCUGGUGUUUUUGCCCAUUAAUUUUUGAUUGCUGCUUUGCUUUAUACUAUUAAAGAGUCAAAAAUCAUUUAUAACCAAAGACAGAGCGUUCACGUUCAAUGUGGAUCUGUUCAGGAUCAAACCAGACACUUUUGACGUGGCUUUUUUACAUGAUCAAAUGAAGGGAAAAUGUUGUUGAUUCAUGUUUUCAUAUAUAGCAAAUCAGGGAUGCCUCAGUGGUUCUGUGUUAUCAAAGCAUCAACAAUUAUGCUACAUUCACAGUGUCUGUCUGUGUCAACAUGAGAAUGCAGCCUCUGGAUUGUCAUGUCACUUGACUAAACGUUGUUAUGACAUGGACGUAUUCUCUUCAUAACUAGUGGUGUGAAGAACAAGGACAGGCUUGUUCAACCAAUUGUACCCCCAAUAUUGCCAAAACAUGCAAUUUAAUUUAUCUCUCCACCUCAGAUGCCUCUUCUCAUCCCCUGCCACCGUGUCAUCUCCAGCAGUGGUCAGAGUGGGAUGUACAUGGGCGGCAAAGGUAACCAUCUGAAACAAUGGCUGCUCACCCACGAGAAGGUCAAAGGGGAAAACUGAAGAACAGUGGAGUGAUAUAGUAAGACCAGUGUGGGAUAUUUUUUACAAAGCAGGGUUGAAGUGUUAUCCAGACAACUUGUAUAACCAUUCUGAAAUCACUGUACUUCCUGAAACAGUUAAGAGCUUUCUUUGUGUUAUAUGAAUGAACACCAACUAUUAUUUCUGACUGUUUAUCACAGUAAGCAAGCUAACUCCUUUAUCCUGCUUUGUGAAAUACAACAGUAAGCAAGAUGCGAUGUCAACAAUUAACCACAGCUGAGGAAACCUGCACAUAGUUGCAUGACGUGCACAUGGGGCGGCUUCACAAGUGAAAUGUGUGUCAGCUGUGCCUUAUUUUGAAAAUGCUGUCUAUAACCCAAGGGAGAGCUUUCAUGUUUUUGUUUUUCAAUUUGCUUCUGUUCUGCUUUGUCCUACUGUCCAAUCUGUGUUCUAAUUUAAUUCAUGUGAAAGAAUAAAGUGUAGGUUUAAAGGAGUGGAGGUGUUGGGAGGGUUAGUGUAGAGGGCACAGUCUACCACCCUAGUUGGUCCUCAGUUUUAGAACGGCGGUAACAACGCUCUCUACAGUCCAGCAGUACAGUGAAAUAGAUUCUAACUAUACUGCAGCGGGACAAGAUAAGACAAUCACCAGUAGACACCCAUAAAUAACAACUAUGUUUAUGCCAAUACUACUGCUCUUCUGUUCUACUAAUCAUACUGUAUAGUUAAUGUUGAUCUGAAAUUAAAGGCACUAAAAUAACUUUAACAUUGAACAGUAGGAAUUACAAGCAUAUGUUCCCAUGGGUGCCAGUUUGUGUUGCCAGUUAUUGUUGGAAUGGUUUCUCUAAAUAAUUAUUUCUCCAAAAUAUGUCACUUGAAUCGUUUUCCUUCCUAUGCUAAAUCACUCUUUGUACCUUUCGUUGGUUAUUGUAUUUCCUGCCAAGCGAAUGCUUUGUUCAACAUCCAGGAAAAAUGCUCGAAAUUGUGUUUUGAGUCAUUAGUUUUUCUUCAUUAAGAUUCACCUACAACGAUAGUGUUUAAAAUUAUUUAUAUUUUUCAGAAAUACAUUUAAAGUUUUAAAAGCUUCAUUUUGCAUAACCAGUCACUUAAUUAUUUUAAAUGUUGUAGUUAUACCAGAAUAAACUGUAGAUAUAGUUUGCAAUAGAUGUGUUAUUGUGUGCAGUUAGCCAUCUCAAAUAUGGCUGAAAUUUGAAGCACCAUUGAAAAUAAUAUUAGUGCUUCUUUCUUUAUAAAAAAAUAUGCUUUCCAAUAGAGGGCAGUGUAGAACGGGAAACAGGCAUAAACAUUCAGCUUUCAAUUCUUCAGGCACAUUUCAUCUGUAAGUUGAACAAUGGGAUCAAUUUCCAAUUUAAUGCCAUUGAGAGAAAUUAUAUAUUUUUUCUGAGAGCGAGGUAUAUGAAGGCAGCCUGGUAAAGAGUGCAUGAACAUUUUUCUGUGAGGAUUAGAUUGACAGUCAUUUUAAUCUAUGCAAUAUUAUAUAAUUUCUGCUAUUCUAUUUUUGCAAACAAGUAUCUCACCGACUUUUACUGAUUCAUCCAUUUCUACUUAACUGUGGUACAUUUUGAAGCAUCUUUGAAUGCAUCUCUGCCGUACUGUUGGACUCACAGCACUCUGCCAUCAGAGCACAAUUCCAGCCUCGAUGUUGAAGCAGGCAGACUGCUGUAGACUGGCAGAUGAAGAAUGAGUUUCAGUGUGUGGUUUUACACAGGGCUAAUGAUGCCUGUGGUGGCUACAGGCUACAGUCAGCCCGUAACCAAGGCUGCUGUGACAGAGCCACCAGGGGAUCAUAUUUAAAAGGAGCACACUCUGAAGUGCACUGUAAGCGCCCUCUUUUCUUGUGGCUAAGUCAAGUCUAUGUAAUAGGCUACACUACACAACAGAGGGGAGUAAAAGGUCAACGAUAUGUUAUAUGUAUUAAGUCAGAGAUACAGGCCAACCGAUUAGCAGAUGUGCGAGUAGUUUGGCCGUUACAGUUCAGGGAUCAGAGAAAAAUGCGGUAUGCACUUUGAUAACUUAUAUUAGUAUCAUGCAUGUGCUAGUACUCUGUUUUAAUAUCAUCCUGGCCAUGUGAUUCAAAGGAAUUAUAAUGGAAUUAUGGACACCAUUAAAAGCGGUUGAGACUACUAUUUUAUUAUCUGCU